GGGGCUGGUUCUUGUGGAGAGACGCUGAGGAUCUCUAACUGCCUGAAGAACCUGCGCCGUCGCUCCAUUUGGGUCCUCUCCUCCCACCUUUUCCGUGAGCACGACACCCCUAGUCCUUGCGCCGGGAGGCACUGCGGACAGAACGCGUGUGCACUCGGCUGCCGUACACGCUUGCGUCCUCUCCUUAAAGUGGCAGAGGAGCUUAAGACUUCAAGAUGUCAACCUCAGUCCCUCAAGGCCAUAACUGGGCCCGACAGGUGAAGAAGGAGGAUGAAGAAGUAGAUCCUCUGGACCAGCUCAUCUCCCGCUCUGGCUGUGCUGCCUCCCACUUUGCAGUGCAGGAGUGCAUGGCCCAGCACCAGGACUGGCGGCAGUGCCAGCCACAGGUGCAGGCCUUCAGGGAUUGCAUGAGUGAACAGCAGGCAAAGCGGCGGGAGGAGCUACAGAGAAGAAAAGAGCAAGUUAGCACCCACCGCUGAGACCCAAACCACCUGUCCCCAGAGGAUGGUCCUGCAGAAACCAGCACAUAGAUCAUGGUGGGAGUAUGGGCCAGGAGGUGUCAAACUUGGAGAUGGUCUUUUGGACUAGGAUUGAGAGCCAGACACCAUAAAUUUGGAUAUGACUACCAUACUGAACUGCCAUGUUUAAUGGUCAGAUCUCACACAUUCUCACCCUUCUUGUUCCACCAAUAUUUGCCAUGUAUAACAAGAAGUGGGGUAAAGGAAGCUCCCUUACCCCACCUCUUGCGUCAGUGUGCCAAAUACUAAGAUGAUUAUAGGGAUGUUUUAAUUUUAGAAGUAAAUUCACAAACUGAAGUUAAAUUGGUUACAUAAUCAGGUCUUCAAUUUUUCAGUCAUGGGUUCAAUUAUAUCAAGUAUUUCUAAGGCACUGUGUUGGAAUGUGAUCUCUGCCUUCAUGUUUCUUAGGGUCUAGUUUGAGAGAUGGAAAUAAAACAACACUGGACCAACUAA